GGGGCCGCGCCGCCCCUGAGAGUCAUUGGAGGACCCGGUGGCCCAAAGCUGAUAAAUAAGGGCCCGGCCCGAGGCUGCUGGCCAAGUUGGACGUCGCGACCCGAGCGCGGGCCAGGUCAGCGCCGGCCCCACGAGGCGAAGCCAAGUGACCCGCGUUCGGCCAUGGCCUCGCUGCUGGGAGCCUACCCAUGGACCGAGGGACUGGAGUGUCCCGCCCUGGAAGCGGAGCUGUCGGAUGGGUUGUCGCCACCCGCUGUCCCCCGUCCUUCAGGGGACAAGGGUUCGGAAAGCCGGAUCCGGCGGCCUAUGAAUGCCUUCAUGGUGUGGGCCAAGGACGAGAGGAAACGCCUGGCAGUGCAGAACCCGGACCUGCACAACGCGGAGCUCAGCAAGAUGCUGGGGAAGUCAUGGAAGGCGCUGACACUGUCGCAGAAGAGGCCCUACGUGGAUGAGGCAGAGCGGCUGCGCCUGCAGCACAUGCAGGAUUACCCCAACUACAAGUACCGGCCCCGCAGGAAGAAACAAGGCAAGCGCCUCUGCAAGCGUGUGGACCCUGGCUUCCUCCUGAGUUCACUCACUCGUGACCAGAACACGCUGCCUGAGAAAAACGGCAUUGGCAGGGGGGCACUGGGGGAAAAGGAGGACAGGGGUGAGUACUCCCCAGGUGCUGCCCUGCCUGGACUGCACAGCUGCUACCAUGAAGGUGCGGCUGGUGCCCCUGGCAGCGUGGACACAUAUCCCUACGGGCUGCCCACACCCCCAGAGAUGUCACCCCUGGACGCGCUGGAGCCUGAGCAGACCUUCUUCUCGUCCUCGUGUCAGGAGGAGCAUGGCCACCCCCAUCGCCUCCCUCAUCUACCAGGGCCCCCUUACUCACCAGAGUUCACACCCAGUCCCCUCCACUGCAGCCAUCCUCUAGGUUCUUUGGCCCUUGGCCAAUCCCCAGGGGUGUCUAUGAUGUCCUCUGUUCCCGGCUGUCCCGCAUCUCCGGCUUACUACUCCCCUGCCACUUACCACCCUCUCCACCCCAACCUCCAGGCCCACCUGGGCCAGCUGUCCCCGCCUCCUGAGCACCCUGGCUUCGACACCCUGGAUCAGCUAAGCCAGGUGGAACUUCUGGGUGACAUGGAUCGCAAUGAAUUUGACCAGUAUUUGAACACUCCUGGCCACCCUGACUCUGCUGCAGGGGCUGGGACCCUCAGUGGGCAUGCCCCACUCUCCCAGGGGACUCCAACGGGUCCCACAGAGACCAGCCUCAUCUCUGUCCUGGCUGAUGCUACGGCCACGUACUACAACAGCUACAGCGUGUCCUAGAGCCGGAGGCACGGAGCCUGGCCCAGCCCUGCCAUCCUCUCCUCCCUCUGAAACACUGAGCAGAGCAGAAACUGUAAUGUCACCAUUCCUUGGUGGCAGGAGGUUAGAACUGCUGUCCCAGAGCCUUUCCAGCGCCCCUCCUGUCCCUUCAAAUGUGUUUUGUUGGCUUCACCCUUGGAAGCACAGCCUGGAGGGGCCAUAUGCAGGAGGACUUUCUAGCCACGCUUCUGUCACCCCAUAAGUGCAGCUGACAGUGAGAAGCCCAGUGCAUUGGAGCUCCUGCUUUUUGAUGUAGCUACUUCUGAUCUGUGGUGCUCCCUGUGAGAAGGACCCUGGGCCUGAGGUCCACCUUAGUCCAGUCUCUAACUGGCAAAACUCCAUUCUGGC